GACAAAGAAUUCCAGCCUGUCAAGACCUUUUUUGGAUCCUGAUUUGGUUAUCCGUCGUUUUAGCUACCCAUCCCAGCUUUGUGUCAACUGAAGGUUUGAUAAAUAUUCACAUCUGUGCCCUUUUAAAAUUGUUGAACAAGACCAAACUGAGGACCAAACCCUGCAGGCCAUCACUGGAUACCACUCAACAUAUAUUUUACUUCAACCUGUUAAGCAGUACUCUGACCAUGAUGUUCAACUGAUCUACCUAAUUGUUCUGUUUUGUUCACAAGGAUGUUGUGAGAGACUUUCCCGAAUGCCUUAUUGAAAUACAAAUACCCAAAAGGCAAUACAGUAUUAGUCUGUAAUGAUUUGAUACCUAGUGAUCAUAGCUCUCCUUUCUGAGUCAAUUUAAUAAAUCCAGCCAAAAUUUUGGCUGGAAUAGAUGUCAAGUUCACUGGUCUAGUUUGAGGAAUCUACUCUUCUUUCCACUUCUAAAAUCAAGACAGCAUUUGCCUACUUCCAGUCUUUAGCACCACUCCUGUAUGCCAGAGUUCCUCAGAUUACUAGCAGCAGUCCAACAGUCUCACCUGGAAAAUCUCUGUGAAGCAAAUAAGCAACAUGUAAGAUGUCAGAAAUGCUUGGAAUUUGGACACUGGACUUAUGAAUGCACAGGAAAAAGAAAAUACCUACAUAGGCCUUCAAGAACAGCAGAACUAAAGAAAGCUUUAAAAGAAAAAGAAAACAGAUUAUUAUUACAACAAAGCAUUGAAGAAAAUAAUGUAGAAAGAAAGACCAAAAAAAAAAGGUCUAAGAGUGUAACCAGUUCCAGUAGCAAUAGCAGUGACAGUUCAGCUAGUGAUUCCUCAUCAGAAAGUGAAGAAACAUCUACCUCAUCCUCCUCUGAGGACAGUGAUACUGAUGAAAGCUCCUCCAGUUCAUCAUCUUCAGCCUCCUCCACAAGCUCUUCCUCGUCCUCUGAUUCAGACUCAGAUUCCAGCUCUUCCAGUAGUAGCAGCACCAGCACGGAUAGCAGCUCUGAAGAUGAACCACCAAAGAAGAAGAAAAAGAAAUAGAAUCACUCUACCUUAUUGGACUGAUGGACCGAAAACUUUAAUCUGAUUCUCAAAAGGAAAUUUAGAAUAUGUUAAAACCAAAUAGGUUAACGGGCCAAAAUUUUGAGAGUGCAGAAGUUUCUAAAUGUUUUACAUUGUAAGAGCAUAAGAAGUAUUAAUGGAUUAUAGAUAUACUUGUUUAUUUUAAGGGUGAAUCUUGUAUUUCUUUUUUAUCUUUAAAAUAUAUCUCUAAUGAGUAAUCAAAAGCUGAAAUCCAACAAAUCUGUUUUUGUGAUAAAACUUACCUUUUUUUCCUGUAAAAUGAAUACCAUACUUUGUUAUAUGUUAGUGUUAUGUAUAAGAAGUAUUUUCAGGAUAAUGCAUCAGAAUAUCUGGCAGUGAAUUUCUAAUGCUUUUUGCUGUGUGUUAUUACGUCAGAUUUAAUACAUUGUUAAAGCUUAGGGGUUUUCCUACUGUCAAUAAAUGUGCUCUAUUUUUAUGUUUGUUCAGAAAGUUAUUUUGACUUCUGUCCUAAAUGAAAAGUUCAAGGAACUUAUUAAUAUAUUUCUACCUUUUUGAUGGUACAAGUUUCAAGUUACUGUAUUGUAUUAUUCAUUUUCUUGUGGUUCUUAGAGUAACACUUUUCUGAGGAAUAUUAUUCUAGAGGAACUUAAAAAGGAACAAAAUUUGGAACUACUGAGGAAUCUUGGUGCCUUUUGAUAAAUUGAGUGUAUCUGAAAACAGUCAUUUAAAAGGCUAACAAGUAAAAGUGAUAUAUCCCUGGGUGUUAUAUGCUAUAAAAGAUACCAUUCAAAGGGAACAAGAAAGUAGGAGGAAGAAAGGUAAUUUUUACAGAAAAUGAGGGCCAUGUUGAUUGCCUUUUAUUAAGAUUUUUUUUAAGCUUUCAUAAUGAUUGCCUUUUACCAUUUUUGUGAUUGCAGUAGGACAAUGUGGUAACUGGUCAUAUACAACAGUCUACUGCGUAAAUCUGAAAGACUUGGAUUAAUCUGGUGUAUUAACAUAGCAUAUACAUACUUGAAAUCUAGCAUGAAAUGUUUAAAAAUACUGCACAAUAUUUUCUCAAAGUAAAUUUCUCUGCUGUGGUGAAAUUAUUUACUUUAACAUCACGCAUUAUUCUGUGAUGUUUUUUGAACUUGAGAAAAAUACAUCAUUUGUAGAGACAUCUUGAUUUGGGUUCCAUAUAGGUUUUUAAAACUAUGAUUGUUGUCUUUUUUAUA